AUGCCUCGCCAGCAAACCAACUUGCGGGGUCCGAAAGACCGGGAAGGCUCAAAAGGCAGACCAGCACCGAAGCGCAAGAGCACCCGUGCGAUUAAUGCGCUCUCUAUCGCCGAGAAACAAAUUACCACCAAGCUUGGUGUGCGCCGGAAUCGAUUAGGUUUUUACGACGACGGUACAGAACGCAAAUUCAACAACCGCGGUGAUGACGAAGACGGUGAAGACGAAGAUGGAGAGGUCCCAAACUACAAGCGCCGGAGAUUCAACAACGCUACCGAAGACGGCAGCCUCAACGGUGGCAGUGACAGCGAGGGUCACGAGUGGAAAUUGGGACAGGUGGACAGUGAUGACGAUGAGUCUCUGGACAGUGACGAAGCUCUUGGAGAGAGUGACGAAGAAAGAUUCGAAGGCUUUACAUUCCGUGGAAGCUCUAAGCCCAGAUCCGCACCGAAGAAACCUACAAAGAAACGUGCAGAGAUCAGUCUAUCCGAGGACGUCGAUGCAUCUGAGGAGUCUGAGGAUGAGGAUGAAGAAGAUGAUGAGCUCGGCGAAGAUGCCGUGGACCUUCUGACUGCUUGGGAUAUGAACACCGCUGAGGAAGAGGCCGAAGCCAAAAAAGCUGCCGCAAAAUCAAAAAAAGCAGCGGCUGAUGACAGUGAAGAGGACUCAGGCUCGGAGGCAGACAGCGAAGAGGACCUGAGUGACGACACUGGGCUGUCUCUUUCUGACGAUGAGGAGUUCGAUGGCAAGAAUGACGGCUUGAGUAAGCUCCAAGACUUCGUUAACUCCAUGGAGACCGGGCGUCGCACCAAAUCCACCCAAAAAUCACAAGAACAGAGCAAGCCUACUGAGUAUGGCUUAACUUCUUCUAAAAAAUUGACUGUCGCCGAUCUUCUGCCCUCAAUCACAGAUUCGCGUCUCAAGAGCUCUUUGAAGCAUGUCGAGGCUACUGCUGCUCAAACAUCCAAGUCUGGGAUUCCGGGCAAGCUGGAUGCUCCCUUGGCAAAACGCCAACAAGAUAAGAUUGACCGCGCUGCGGCUUACGAGAAGAGUAAAGAAACAUUGGAUCGUUGGAUCGACACUGUCAAACACAACCGCAGAGCCGACCAUCUUAUGUUCCCUCUUCCCGAUCCAGAUAACCAGCAAGUCCACCGCUUGGACGUGGUAAAGCCGACGAACGACCUGGAAAGCACUAUUCAGAGCAUUCUUGUUGAGAGUGGAUUGGCAGAAACUCACGGCAAGUCAGCUGAGGAGCAAGUCGCAGGCUUUGAGGAUAUUCAAGCUCGUACAUUGCCUCUUGAAGAGAUUCAGGCCCGUCGUGCUGAGCUCCGGAAGCGACGUGAUCUGCUCUUCCGCGAGGAGGUUCGUGCUAAGCGAAUUAAGAAGAUCAAGAGUAAAUCAUACCGUCGUGUGCACCGCAAGGAGCGUGAGCGUCUUGAGCAGCAAGAGCAACAGGCGCUUAUGGAGGCCGGUGUGGACAUGGAUGAGAUGGACAUUGAAAAGAAUGAGCGAAUGCGAGCUGAAGCCCGUAUGGGCUCCAAGCACCGCGACAGCAAGUGGGCCAAGAGCUUGAAAGAGACCGGCCGUACUGCCUGGGAUGCAGAUGCCCGUAACGAUGCGGCCGACUUGGCUCUUCGCGAAGAGGAGCUCCGGAGACGAGUUGAAGGAAAGAGUGUUUCUCGCGGUGAUGACACCUAUCUGGAAUCAUCCAGCUCAGAGUCCGAAGAUGACGAUCCCUGGGCUUCGGAUGCUUCAGAUGUGGAGAAGCGCAAGAUAGAAAAGAAGCUGCGUGCUUUGGAUAAUGAAUCGACCGAAGCGAUCCCCAAGGGCCGGCAUUCCGACCUUUUCGAAAUGAAGUUUAUGCAAAAUGCGGAUGCUGCUCGCAAGCAGGCGAAUGAUGCUGAACUCAGACGCCUAAACCGUGAGCUCAAUGGCGAAGAUCCAGAGUCCGAGGCUGAGUCGGAAGUCGGUCGACGCAAGUUUGGCCAGUCAAAGCCUGAAGUUCAGACGAAGCCAUUGCCAAGGAACGAGUUCGAGGAGAAGCCAGGCUCAGAUGACGAGGAUAUCGACAUUGUAGUUGAUCGUCCUGUGAAGUCGAAGUCUGUCGCUUCUGAUCCGAAGACUACCGCCAAGCCCUCUACCAAGAUGUUCAGCCAACCGCCAAAGGAGAACGUUGAAGAAGAAAACCCAUGGCUGGUUCAAACCGAGCGCACCAACCGUCGCCGGACUGGUACCGAUGCUCAAGAUUCUAUGGAUAUCUCAGUUAUCGAUGAUCAGCCACAGCCCACGCAAGCACCUGCUCCACCCAAGAAGAGCAAAUCAGCCAAGGCAGCUUCUUCCAAGAAGCGUCCUCAUGAUGAAAACGAUAGCGAUGAUGAAGAUAAUGUGCCUGUCCUGCUGAAGAACCAUGAUCUUGUCAAGAGAGCUUUCGCCGGUGACGAGGUUGUCGAAGACUUCGAGCAAGAAAAGAUGGACACAGUUGCAGACGAAGGCGACAAGGUCGUUGACAACACUCUCGACGGAUGGGGCAGCUGGGCCGGUGACGGUGUCAGCAAGAAGGCACAGAAGAACAAGAAGCGCUUCUUAACCACAGAGAAGGGUGUCAACCCCGAGAAACGCAAGGAUGCCAAGCUCGCUCGUGUCAUUAUAAACGAGAAGCGAGUAAAGAAGAAUAUCAAAUACAUGGCAAGCCAACUGCCUCACCAAUACGAGACGAAGGCACAGUAUGAACGCUCGCUGCGUAUGCCUCUGGGUCCGGAAUGGUCUACGAAGGAAACUUUCCAGAGUGGAACCAAGCCUCGUGUCAUUGUCAAGCAGGGCAUCAUCAAGCCCAUGGAGAAGCCCAUGAAGUGA